CCAGGGCCCGGUCACUGCAUCCGGGUCAGCGGCUACUCUGCGACUGCAGCUUCGGCGCUUUGGCGGCGCCGGGCUCGGGUCUCCACCGCCGGCCGAGGGGAGCGGGCUCCGCUCGGCACCCCUUUCUGCGCCCUGGCCGUCAGCCCCACGUCGCCGGCCUGGAGGGGCGAAGGGCACGAGGGGGCCGCGGCGUCCUCCGGGGACCUCAGCUGCCUGGACUGUCAGGAGUUGGAAGUUGACAUUGAGUCCAGACUGAGGAUGGAAGGUGUGGAGCUGAAAGAAGAAUGGCAGGAUGAAGAUUUCCCAAUACCUUUACCAGAAGAUGAUAGCAUUGAAGCAGAUACACUAGGUAUGACUGGACCAGAGAGCCAGCCUGUUCCAGGCUCAUUAGAAGUUAAUGGAAAUAAAGUACGGAAGAAACUAAUGGCCCCAGACAUUAGCCUGACUUUGGAUCCUAGUGAAGGCUCUGUGUUGUCUGAUGAUUUGGAUGAAAGUGGGGAAAUUGACCUUGAUGGCUUAGACACCCCUUCAGAGAAUAGCAAUGAGUUUGAAUGGGAAGAUGAUCUUCCAAAACCUAAAACUACUGAAGUAAUUAGGAAGGGCUCAAUUACUGAAUACACAGCAGCAGAAGAAAAAGAAGAUGGGCGCCGGUGGCGGAUGUUUAGGAUUGGCGAGCAGGACCACAGGGUUGAUAUGAAAGCCAUUGAGCCCUACAAAAAAGUUAUUAGCCACGGAGGCUAUUAUGGGGAUGGUUUAAAUGCUAUUGUUGUAUUUGCUGUCUGUUUUAUGCCUGAAAGUGGUCAGCCUAACUACAGAUACCUGAUGGACAAUCUCUUUAAAUACGUUAUUGGCACUUUGGAACUGUUAGUAGCAGAAAACUACAUGAUAGUUUAUUUAAACGGUGCAACAACUCGAAGAAAAAUGCCCAGUCUGGGAUGGCUCAGGAAGUGCUAUCAACAGAUUGAUAGAAGGUUACGGAAAAACCUGAAGUCUCUCAUCAUUGUCCAUCCCUCUUGGUUUAUCCGGACACUUCUGGCUGUUACAAGACCAUUUAUCAGCUCAAAAUUCAGCCAAAAAAUUAGAUACGUCUUUAAUUUGGCAGAACUAGCGGAACUUGUUCCCAUGGAAUAUGUUGGCAUACCAGAAUGCAUAAAACAGUAUGAAGAAGAAAGGCUUAAAAAGAAACAAAAAAGAGUUGAUCAAGAGCUUAAUGGAAAACAAGAAGAACCAAAAAGUGAGCAGUGAGUUUGGCAUCCAGUCCGAAUAGGACGGAAGAGUGUGCUGGUGAACCGGGGCUCUGAUUUGCGUUCCUAAUGCAUUUAUUGGCUUGUGUUUUUAUGUAAUCUGUUACAAAAUUUACUUGACUCUUUUUCCAAAUGGACUUUUGUACAAGGAACUGUUCACUGCUGUAUGGUUUGCAAAUCUCUUGAAUUUAGCCCUUUAAUGGCUAAAUAUAUAAUCAUUUUAUACUGCUAAAUAGCAGAGAACUACACUUUAUAUAAAGCAAUUUUUGCAUUUGUUUAUUAAAUGAUGCAUCUUCAGUAAAAUAUUUAUAUGCAUAAGUGACAAAAGAAAGAAAUAAUAUAUAUUUUUAUGUUUGGGGCAAUAUUUUUAAUGUAUACCUAUCUUGUGGAAAAAUAUGCAGGUAAAUAAGACCAUGAUUUUGUAAAAUGCAUGUAGACUUUUUGUUUUUGUAAACGGUUGACUACAUUUCCUGGGCAACUUAUAAAACUUAAGUUGCUCUAAAGCAAGGGACAGUUAAACUGAUUGUGAUGAAUACCCAAAGAUCAUGUCCAUAAUUUAAGUAAAUUACUAGUACCGUCUCAAGUUUUUCUCUCACCGUAAUGUACAUUGUUUCUUAAUGCGAAAGUGCAAAUACAGUUGCGCUGUACUUUUUCCUCUUUAAAGACAAGUCAGAAAGCCAUCUUUUUAACUAGAGAUGUUGAGAAGCUAAUAAUUAGGGUUUGUAUGUAUGUAUGUAUAUAUGGAACAUUUUAUCUUCUGACCCAAAGUCAGAACUAUUGAGAGAAAGAAAAGGAAAGAAAGAGAAAGAAAGAAAAGAAGGAAGGAAAGCAAGCUAGCUCACUCUUAAGAUUUGCUCACUCAUGUGAAAUAAGCUGUUUGUCUGGGGUAUUGUCCUCCCCGAACGCAUGAGUGCUGUGUAUCGCUGCAGAGUGAUGAGCGUUUGUUGUCACAUCUUUCUCUGGGGGACACGGGCUGCUUCCGAAGCUGCCCUCACUGUGGGCACUUUACCAGAACACUUCCACAGAAGUUAUUUGGACUCAGUAAUAUCUGCCCUAGGCAGAGAUGGUGUGCUUUCAAGCUCCUGUUGGGUCAUGGUUAAUGAUGCUAUAAAUUAGGUAAUUGUAAGUAUUAGAGCACCAUUCUACUGUGCUAUUUGGGGUGACAUAUUUGAUAUAUGUACGCCCUUUGUUUUGUGUGGCAAGUACCUUUACUGAACAUUGCUAUAAAUUUUAUUUAGGCUUCCAAGCAGGGUUUAAUUUUAUUUAGGCUUCUAAGCAUGGUUUAAUUACCUAAAAAUCUUUCUAAAACAACAAAUCCAGCUAGUAUUGUUAUCAUGUAUUUUCAUGGCAUACCCAUACUUGGUUAACUUAAUGCUCUCUAUAUUUGAAGGCCACCCUACCCAGCCCUUCCCAUAAGCUGUUUACAAGAGUGAUCUAGAGUAGCCAAAUUGAUACCGAUGUGAGCUAAGCUUUGAAGAUUAUUCUCUCCUUUACUGAACACACACAUGACUUCUACCAUUGUCAUUUUUGAGUGUUACAAAAGGGAAUUUUUCUUUUCUUUUUUUUUUUUUUUUUUUUUUUUUUUUUUUUGUCCUCCUUAGUCAUAAACUUGAUCUAACUUAAAACCAGUUCUUGGCAAGCUGGAAGAUUCCCUGAGUGAAACAUUUCCCUGUAGCCUCUUUACUUGGAUCCAGCAGCUCCAGCAGAUCCUGUACCAAUGACAUUAUAGUAGAUUAAGCUAAAACCAUUUUACUUGUGUUGGAGAAGUAAACUCAAGAGUAGCUCCUCCUCAACUUAGGAUGAGGGUUGUGAGGAAAGAUCAUGUUGGGUUCUUGUGCAUAUAGAACAUUUUCAGAAAGUCUCUCAUCUGCCUGUCAGUAUCAUCUCAGAAUGGGCUGAACUUCGUCAACAGUGGUUUUCUACCACAUUAAGUACUUGGCUUUUAAAUUUCAAAAUAUGGACAGUUUCAACUUUUCUAAUAUGCCUACUUUUUGCAAAAUGUUGUUUUUCUAAAUUUGUUGUUGUUUUUCUUUGACAGGGUCUCCCUAGUCCCAGCCCCACCUGGAAGUCAGUAUGUGGACCAGGGUGGCCUCAGUCUCACAGAGAUCACCUGCCUCUACUUCCUGAGGGCUGGAUUAAAGGCUCUCGCCACCACACUCAUCUUUUUUCUAAAUUUUUAAAAAGUAGAGGUAUCCUUUAUUCUAUCGGAACAUUAAAAUUCAGAAGGAGGGGCUAGAGAGAGGGCUCAGUGGUUAAGAGUGCUUGCUGCUCUUCUAGAGGACCCAAGUUCCCUGCACUCAUGUCAGGCAUCUCACACCUGCCCAUAUUUCAGCUCUAGGGGGUCUGACACCCUCUUUUGGCCUCCACAGAAACCUAUACACAUAUGGCACACACAAGAUAAAAAUAAAUCUUUAAAAAUAAUAAAAUGGAAAAGGAACAGUCAGGUGUGGUGACAUAUACCUAGAACCCUAGAGUACUUGUGAGUUUGAGAGAGGAGAGUUGCAAGUUCAAGGCCCACCUGGGCUACAUAGCAAGCCCUUGGCUCAAAAAUCAAGAAAAAAAAAAACUUAAGGACAAUGAUAACACUUGAUUUACAAUGAUAGAUGGUAGAUGAGAGGACACACCUGUUUUAACCUGUACUGGAAUGGAAUCUGGUAUAGGGAAGUGCCUACAGUAAUUGGGAACUGUCUUUGAGCCUUAGAUGGUAACUAGUUGGCUAGAGAAAAAGCAUGAAGUUGAUUUGUUCUUUGUAACAUUUUCCCACAUCAUUGUAUUUUAAUUUCCUUUGCUGAUUGAGGUGAAAGUGCAUAGGAUUGUAAUUUUUUAUCUUUUUGCUGGGUCAUGAAUAAACUAGACAGGUCUAAUUUAUAUUUCUAUUACCCUCUUUGUUACACUUUGGCUCUGAUUGCCCCUUUUGUAUGAAAAGUUUCUCUUACAGUGUAACUUGAUUCUGUGGUCUGUUUAUGUUCCUGAACAAGCUUCAAGGAAAGUCCUAAAUAUCUGCCCUGUAUUUAAGCCUUUAACCCCUGGAGGUGAGAGAGGUAUUAUUUUAAGUAAAGUGUAGCCAGCAUAGAAAAGUGCCUUUUUUUUUUUUGGUCUUUUUGAGACAGGGUCUCUCUGUAGCCCCAGUUGUCCUGGAACUCACUAUGUAGACCAGGCUGGCCUUGAACUCACAGAGAUCCACCUGCCUCUGCCUCCUGAGGGCUAGAAUUAAAGGUGUGCGCCACCACGCCCAGCAAAAGUGCCUCUUUAAAGACUGAAUUCUUACCUAGUUACCCUGGAAUGUGUCCCUCUUAAAGGAAGUACUUUGACAGCUGAUGGUUUGAACUCUUGUAUCAAGCAGGGAAAUAUGGAGCUACGUGUGAUUAAAGAAGCCAUAGAUUGAAGAGGAAAAUGCUGAUAAUUCUUAGAGUGAGAAUCUUAUUUUCCUGUUUCUCCAAGCAGAAGCCAGUCUGAACACAAUGGGUUAGCAGCUAACAAUGUUCCAAUUAAAGAGCUGUUCCAGAGCUGUUCGCCCCUUUCACAGUUGGCAAACUAACAUAGACUUCUAUAAUGAGCAUCACUGUUUAGCUUCACCAUGUUAGAAGGAAGGGGGCUGCUUCAUGGAAUUCUUUUAAAUGACUGUAUAGUAUUACUAUUUCGCUGUUAUGUGAGUGCUCGAAUUUGGAGAAGCAAGUUCAUGUAGAAGUCUGUCUUCCUGAUAAAUUAUCUCUUCACUUGAUAAAUCAGCACUAGAAAUAUAUGUACUAGAACAGGCAGUUUCCUGCUAUGAUUGAUAAAAUUAGAAAGUCAGAGUGGCUUUGACCUUUUUCCCCAUGUUGUAAGUAGAAAAUAGUUGACACUGUUCGGUUGGAUAAGAGGGAGCAAUGCCCUGGAUAGAGGUGGCUGCCCCAUGCUACUUUGGUUUUGUACUUUUUCCCCCUAUUUUACAUAGAUAUUUCAGAAAUGGAUCACAAGCAAAUCUCAGAAGGCUAAAAUAAGAAUCGACAUAUUUACAGGUUUAACACUGUUUUGGUGUUGAAAAGUUUACCUUUCUAGGAAACAGAAAUUGUGUAGUUAGAGUUGCUAGGAGAGUCAAGAACUUCAAUAGUCAACUGAGGGGGCAGUAGGGCUUUGUCACUCAGGUUCUAAGCUAAGACAAAAUGACUAGGGGGGAGCCAUGCACCUUCUGCUCUGCUGCGGCUAAGUAAUGUAGCUUUAAUGGUAACAAACAGCAGAAUGGAAGCAUAAAGAGUAACUCAAAUUUGAAUAGAGCAUUUGCUGCAAUUAUAUACAGUAGGCCUAAUUUCUUGUUUACAGAACUUAAUUUAAAAUUCUUUAAGCCAGGUGUGGUGCCACAUGCCUUUAAUCCCAGCACUGGAGAGGCAGAGGCAGGUGGAUCUCUGUGAGAUCUAAACCAGCCUGGUCUACAUAGCAAGUUCCAGGCCAGCUGGGGCUACAGGGAGGGAGACCCUGACUCAAAAAGACCAGGGGGGGGAAAGCUAUGAAAAACUCAUACACAGCACUUAAAUCAGGCACCAGAUGAAAAUCAAGAGUUUGCAGGCCACGUGAUGGCAGUAUUCUGGAGGCUGAGAUAGGAGGAUUGGAAAUUUGAGGCCAGCCUGGAUUAUUUAGCAAGUUCCAGGACAGCCAGGCCUACAGAGUAAGAGCCCUGUCGCCAUGGAAAAAUAAUAAAAAGUCAAAUUAAUAAAAAAGAUAGUAAGCUCUUUGCUUCGGAUAGCUGCCUGACUUUAUCCUGAAAGACUUCCUAGAAGUUUAAAACUUUUGCAUUUGAAGUUUUUAUGCAUGUGCAUACUCAACUUGACAGAAAGAACUUGGAAAAUAACAUCAGUUACUCUAGUUUUUGUUUACCUACUUCCUAAAAUAGGUCUUUUUAACAGUUGCUUGUUUACUUAUAGAAACCCAACUCGUAAAUAUUGGUAGUGUUCGGGGCUACUGGCUUGCACGGGCCAUGGGGUGUUGCUCACACAGAAUGCAAUUCCGUUCAUCAGAUACUAUUGUACUUUGAUAUGUAUUUCAAAAAUGUUUUCAUUACCACAAGUUCACACGCUGUCAUUUGGACAAAAUUACCUUACAGUGACCAUUUUGUUACUACUACUACAAUGAUGUUGAGGAGCCUAGUACUGUCCUAUCACAGUGAGAAACUCAGUUUUGAUGUCUGUACGUGCAGGAUGUAGAUGUGCUUCCAGUAAGUGAAAUAGUAGAGCUGGUCAUGAUUUGGGAAGGAGAUGUAAUAUUUUCUUUUACUUUAACUACUUAGGAAUACAAUCAUUUGUAUCCUGAUUUGUUGCACUUAUUUUUGCAACAUUAAUGCAUAUUAAUAAAUUAGUUGGAACAUU